UACAAUUGCACCCGUAGUGAUGCAACAGGGUUUACACCCUACGAGUUGAUGUUUGGCAGAAAACCCAGAUUAGCUGUUGAUCUUGCAUAUGGACUUCCUCUCAGCAAAGAUCAAAAAGUGACACAUUCGCAAUAUGUUGAAAGUCUCAAGAAACGGCUAGAGGAAAGCUAUAGGUUAGCUUCUCAAACCGCACAAAAAGUGGCAGACAAGAAUAAGGUCAGAUUUGAUCGCAAAAUAACUGUUUCAGAACUUGAACCUGGGGACCAGGUUUUAGUUAGAAACGUGCGGCUGCAUGGCAAGCAUAAACUUGCUGAUAAAUGGGAGGCAGACAUCCAUGUGGUAGUCAAACGUGCAGGCGACCUACCCGUUUAUACUGUUAAACCCGAGUCCAAGCAAGGUCCCUCCCGAACUUUACACAGAGACCUGUUGCUUCCCUGCAGUUUCCUCCCGGUUGCCACUGCAGACACAUCUGAGCCACAGCAGGUUCACCGUCCUAAAACACGUCAAACUGUUGUCACAGAAAGCAAUGAGGAUGAAGGAUCAAUGGAACUUGACAAUGAACUUUUCAUUCAAUGGGUUGAUGAUUCCCCAUGUGAAGAAAUAACCAGAUUUACUACUGUACAUGAAUAUCCAAAACCUUCUCAUGAACCAGAGAUUACAAACUUAACUGAUUGUGACCUUUCUGAAACUGCUAGCAACAAGGAGCCAAAUAUGGAUAAAAAUGCAAGCAAAGACGAACUUACCAAUCAUGUGCUUGUUGAAAACUUACCCGAUGGAGAUGAGAUUGGAAUUGACAAUCCUGUGGACAAUGGAACGGGAACCGUAUUGGAUGAAUCACCUGAAGAUUUGGUUAAAGAACCAGGAAACCAGCCUGUUAACUCACCUGAUGAGAUGGACAGUGGUGAUCCCAUUACAACACAACCAGUAAGACAGUCAACAAGAAUCAGACAUCCACCUAAAAGACUUGAUUAUCCUGAUUUAGGAAACCCUCUAGUUACUGUUGUGAAAUCACUUUUCCAGGGUUUGAGCAUAGCCUUUUCUGAGUCCCUAAACAGUACAGAGGGACAGUACUGGCUACACAUGCAACGAGACGUGCAUGACAUUUAGCUGGGGAGAGUGUAACCCAGUAGAGAAAACUGCCUUUGUUAUUUUUUUCUUGUUUUCGCUUUAUUUGUAUAAAUGUAUUUUCAUUCUUUUAUUUUGAAAAGAAACAUUUAUUUUGAAAAAAGGAAGUGUGAUCCUCUAGCAAACUUUAUUUUUCUGUUGCCGGAUCACAAGGGAUAAAUGCCUUUUUCAUUGGUUGAAGGUGGUUUUAGCCCCGUCUUCCGAAAUACCAGACCAUCAUUCACAUGAGCUAGAUCUUUUCGCACGUGGAAGUAGAUGAGACAGGCCACGGAUAGCUCGUGCGGAAUUUUCUAACAUUUUGGCUAGGUUUUUUUUCCCUUGUCCGUGUGGAAGGAACUAAGAUUUUGGAUUCCAAUGGAUUCUCUCCGGAUGGAGAUGGCGAGCCUGAGCCCAGACUGAACUUUGCAGAGGAACUUACUCUUCUUCCUCGACGGAGACUCCCAAGUGGUAACGCACAAACCACAAUGAAAGAGAAAAAGAACUAGACUAAGAGUUUUUGACUUGACAAAUGACCAAAGACAAAAAGACAAUUGAAUAUUGAGCUCAAACAACUAUUUUUGGGGUUAUUU